AAAUUUUUCCAUAAAAUUCAUACACAAUCGCACCUCGACAGAAGACAGCAUGAACAGCUUUCAGAGCAGAUUUCAAUAUUAUUCCAAGCGAAAGUUCUUCCGGUUCGGUGUUCCAUUUCUGCUGCUGAUGGUUGGCGGAUCCUUUGGCCUCAAGCAGUUCGCUCAACUCAGAUACACAUUCUCCAAGAAAGGCGCACUAACGGUUGAAGAGGCCGAGAAGCACGGUUUGCUGAUGAAGAAGCCCGAGGAGGUCACCCUGGAAGGCGAGUACGAGAAGGUGAAGGGUCUCGAUAUCGACAAUUGGGAAAACAUUCGAGGGCCCCGACCAUGGGAGGAGGGUACAACACCGCAGGCGAAGGCAGGUCAUUAGUUGUAAAAAGCCCUUUGGGAGAUUUUCUUUCUAGAGAACAGCAGGAGCUCUGGGAGUAAAUAUACGCAAGCAUGUUUAUUUCCGAGAAAAAAACGUGAUACUUUUGUAUAUACCAAUAUAUGUAAUAUAUCAGGUGCGAACAAUGCAA